AUGGUUUCUGCUAGUGGAGCCUCAUUUUUAAAGGGUAUGUUGCUUGGGAGCAUUUCCUGGGUUUUGAUAACUAUGUUUGGCCAAGUUCACAUUCGACACGGAGCUCAAACUGGAGACCACGAGCACCAUCACCUUCGCCCACCUAACAGAAAAGAUUUCUUGAACAUUUCAGAAGUGACAUUCAUAGAGCUCAGUAAAAGUAUCCGUGUUUUCUGUAUCAUCUUUGGAGAAACCGAAGAUGAGAGUUACUGGGAUGUACUGAAAGAGACUUGGACCAAACACUGUGACAAAGCAGAGCUCUAUGUUUAUGGUACUAAAAAUGAUAAUUUGUUUAAUAUAGAAAGAAAUGACAAGUGGCUACAGAUGAGAAGAACUUACAAAUAUGUCUUUGAAAAGUAUGGCAACAGCUACAAUUGGUUCUUUCUUGCACUUCCCACUACAUUUGCUGUCAUUGAAAAUUUAAAGUACCUUUUGUUUACAAGGGACGCAUCACAACCCUUUUAUCUGGGCCACACUGUUAUAUCUGGAGACCUCGAAUUUGUGACUAUGGAAGGAGGAAUUGUCUUAAGUAUAGAGUCAAUGAAAAGGCUGAACAGACUUCUCAAUAACUCUGAAAACUGUGCAGAUCAAAGUGUGAUUUGGAAGUUAUCUGAAGAUAAGCAGCUGGCAAUCUGCCUGAAAUAUGCGGGAGUUCUUGCAGAAAAUGCAGAGGAUAAUGAAGGAAGAGAUGUGUUUAAUACAAAAUCAAUUGUACAUCUUAUUCAGGAACAUAUGUCUAAUAACCCUGGGCAAGUAGUAGAAGGCUGCUGUUCAGAUAUGGCUAUUACUUUUAAUGGACUGACUCCCCAAAAGAUGGAAGUAAUGAUGUAUGGUGUGUACCGGCUGAGGGCAUUUGGACAUCAUUACAAUGACACACUGGUUUUCUUGCCUCCAAAUGGUUCAAAAAAUGACUGAGAGCUGGGGAAUAGUAGAACUGUCCUGUCCAGGAGCACUUGAAAUAUGGGUAGUCCAAAUUAAGAUGUGGUGUAAGUGUAAAAUACAUACUUUAUUCAAUAAUACACAUAUUAUUAGAAAACAGUGCAAAAAUGUAAAAUAUCUCAUCUGUAAUUUUUUAUAUUGACUCCACAUUGAAUUGAUAAUAUUUUGGAUAUUUUGCAUUAAAUAAAAUAUUCUAUU